UAUAGCUUCUGAGUUCUGACCACUGCAUCGAUAGAUCGACCAGAUAGUCCAAUCGAUUGUAGUAGCUUACUACCAGGCCUGACUCGAUCCAUCUAGGAAGAAAUCUGUUUGCGAUGGGGAGGUCGCCGUGCUGCUGCCACGACGCCGGGGUGAAGAAAGGGCCAUGGACGGAGGAGGAGGACAGGGCUCUGGUGGAGUACAUCCAGAAACGGGGCGGGCACGUCGGCAGCUGGCGCGGCCUGCCAAAGGCCUCGGGGCUCAACCGCUGCGGCAAGAGCUGCCGCCUCCGGUGGAACAACUACCUCCGCCCCGACAUCAAGCGCGGCAACUUCUCCGACGACGAGGAGCGCCUCAUCAUCAGCCUCCAUGCCGCCCUCGGCAACAAGUGGUCGACGAUCGCGACGCACCUGGAUGGCCGGACGGACAACGAGAUCAAGAACUACUGGAACACGCACAUCCGGAAGAAGCUCCUGCGCGCGGGCGUAGACCCUGUCACGCACCAGCAGCUGCCUCCCGACCACAACGGCCAUCUCAUUCUCGACGCCGCAUCCGCCGCCUUCCUCCCGGAGACACUCCUCUGGGCCGCGGCGGCUGCAACCCUCGGUGGCGGCCUCGACACUGGCGCCAUCAUGCAGGCGCAGCUGCUGCAGCAGCUUCUUCAGGUCAUCGGCUCCAACAACGGCACCACAAACCUCAUCGCUAACCUAGCUCAAGUAAACGCAUUGCUAAACUCAAGCAGUAACAUCGUUCCCAGCAUCCUGCUCCAGGACCAGAUGAACAAGUUGUCUGGCGCGAACUACCUGCAGCCGAGCUACCUCGGGAACAUCUCGAGCUUUGCGGAGCAAAACAUGAUGUACCAGCAGCUGAUCAACACCACGGCGUGUCCGGGAACAAGCUCCUCUGGAGCAGAUGACCCGGCUGCAGCGCUUGUAUCACGUGACGUAUCACCGGCAGUUGACCAGGCGCCGGUGGGGGAGUUCGCCGGCUUGCUGGAGCCCAUGAUGGAGAUGCCCGAUCUGUGCUCUUUGGAGAGCAGUGAUUCUUUCUGGAAGGACAUACUCGAGGAGAGCUACCGUCUAUAGAUCUAUCCCUCCUUUAGGCAUACAAUGUUUCAUUACGACUUACAAAAGUUUAAUUUGUACAGAAUCUAUAAGCGUUCUUGACUCCACGCACGCUGUACUACGUGGGAGUUGGAGAUGCAUGGUACAACAUGCAUUGAUUUGUUCGUUCAUUCCGAUAUACUGCUUGCAAUAGAUUCGGUUUUUGUCAGUGAA